AUGAAAUUCACUUUAACUUCCACAUUAUUAUUUGUUGCAUCUGCUUUAGCUGAUGUUAUCCCAAUCCAAUUGAUUGCCAGAUCUGAAUCUGCAGAAGUUAAUUCAAAAGGGUUAUCUUCCAUCCAUGAAGGUGCUGGUAUCAACUACUUCUUCUUAGGAACUAACGCACAAACAUUACAAUACGAUGAGGGUGCUAAAGUUAUCUUCAUUUCUCUUUCAUCUGAUCAACCAAACUCAAACCAAUAUUUUGCCAUUGAAGGUAAUGUCUUACAAUUGACUGUCGCUGCUCAACCAUUAUCAGUUGAAUUUGAUGCUGAUGGAUAUGCUGUUUUCGCAGGUUCUAACAGCAUUUAUGCCCUCAUGAACAUCAACGAUCCAUACCGUUAUUCUGAAACCUCAUACGCUGUGGUUUCAUAUCCAGAAGGUGCUCCAGAAGGUGCUAUCCCAAUUAGAAUUGCCCUUGCCGGUGCUGCUCCAUCACCUUCCCCAUCACCAUCCCCAGAAACAACCACAGAACCUGAAUCAACAACCGUACCUCCAGAACCAGCCAAGAACACCACUACUCCAGCUCCAGUUGAACCAUCCACUUUUGAAGGUGGUGCCGCUUUAGCCCAAGGUGGUUUAGCUGCUGUUGCUGCUGCUGCCAUUGGUUUACUCAUGUAA